ACUUUGCAAGUACAGUUUCGGCGCGUGAACAUAUACGUCACUUCCGGUGCGGAAAUUGCCUGAGACGCGGAGCCGCUACCUAGUACUUGAAGCUUGAGAAGCGGAGAGAAAGGAGACGCUGACAAUAUUUAGAGCUUCCAAAAGUGCCUCCUGCGCAGUACCGCCUUCCUGAAGAGGCUUGAUGUGUGUUAUCUGACCUUUGAGGUGCUGCUUUACGGGGCAGAAGUCAAGUCCCUGCGUUCGUUAGGAACUGAAGCUAAGAAAAGCUUAAUCGCUUCCCUGCUCCCGGGAAAUUCGAAUCCUCUGCUUGAAUCCUGGCUUCACCACUGAUUAUUAAACUUCGAGCCAGUUAUUUAGUCUUGUGUCUUAGCUUCUGAGUAUUGAAUGUCCACCGUGUUCCAGGAGGUUUAUGUUUAUUUCAUUUAACUCACAGUAACCCUGAGAAGUAGACAGUACUGUCCUAUUCUACGUAAAAGCGAGAGGCAGUGUGGGCCCGGAUUCGGAUGGCUUGCUUUUGAAUCUUGGCUUCACUAUCUACUAAUUGUGUGACCUUGUGCAUAUUGUUUAGGACUUUAUGUUUCAACCUUCCUUAUGUGAAAGAAUAAUUUGCCUACCCUCAAAUGCUUGUGAGGGUUAACUGGAGAAGAUAGAUGAUCUUUUUUUUUUUUUUUUUUCCUAAUAUCAUUAAAUCUACAUUAUAGUUUGUAAUGGUUGGGUUUUGUAUUGAAUUAAAUACCUAUAUCAUAAUUUAACCUAUUGAACAUUCAAGUUGUUUCCUGGUGUUUGAGGGGUUUUUCCCUCUUGUUUAACCAUUGUUGUAAUGAUUCCUUUGUUGUUAUUGUUAAUUGCUGUCAAGUCAAUUCCAACUCUUGGCACAGAGUGCAACUGCUCCAUAGGGUUUUCCAGGCUGUGGCCACUCAGAAGCAGAUCACCAGGCUUUUCUGCAAAGGUGCCGCUGGGUAGGUUCAAACACCAACCGUUCACUUAACCGUUGUACCACCAGAUCUCCUUAAGUAAGUCUUAUUUCAUUAAGCUAAAUGUGUAGGAGUGGAAUUGGUAGAUUAAAGAGUAUGCACAUUUUUAGGGAAUUUUUAUUCAAAAUGCACACUAGAAAAAUUGCACCUUUUGCAUUCCACCAGUUUUAUAAUUUUUAAAAUUGGUAGUUUGAGAACAGUACUUCGUUAUUUCUUAAUUUGCAUUUCUUUGACUCUAAAGUUGUUUGGGGGCGGAGGUGUCUGUGAGAGUGUAGUUGAGAAGUAAGGUUGGAAACGGCCUUGUAAGCCAAGGUAAAGAAUUGGGACCCUUGAAGAUGAUGGUGAUCUGAGUACACUGAAUACUUCCAUUUCCGUUUUGUUUUGUGAUUUUAAAAAAUAAUGUACGUUCAUAGAAGACAAUUUGAACAAAGCAGAAAUGGAAGUCAUUCUCUCCAAUCCAUUCUAAAAUGUAUGCCUAAGCAUAUGAAGACCCAAUUUGUAGAUUGUUUUCCUCCUCCUUUUUACUCUUCUGCCUUUUCCACGUUGUCUCUGAUGAACCUUUGAAAUUCAUUUCAAGCUUCACAAAGGAUUUGGCCUUAUUGGACAUUCGUUUUUGUCCCAAUAUAAUCUGUGUAAUAGCAUUUACCACAUUGUAUUUUAUUUGUUGACUUAUCCCCUGAACAGUUAUCUCCCCCCCAUCCUAAAUUCCUUGAGGGCAGAGCUAUACAUUAAUCAUCUUUGGUUCCACAAUGUUUAAGGUAUUAUUGAAUAAAUAUUUAGUGAGUGAGUGGUUUAUGAAUGAAAUUGAAAGUACAUGUGAUAUAAAAGUGUGAAUAUACUAUGAUUACAGUUAUGUAAAAUAAAACAAAAACCAGAAGGCAACACAUAAAUAAUGUUAAUAUUGUAUUCAAUAUUAUUUGUCCAGUUUUCAAACUGCUCGUGUUAUGCUUUAAUAAUUUUUAAAUGAGCAGUUUUGAAAACGUUAAGUUGGUCAUUGGGAUCAUAUUCUUUCUCUUUUAAAGCACUUCCUACUGGAUAUAAAAAUGGUUUAACUAUAAUCCAAUUCAGAGUAACUUUGGCCUCAAUGGAGUACUGCAGAUGAUCUUUUCCUUUGUCAUAGGAAUCCUUAUGGUGCUAUUUGCUAAAACAUAUUCGAAAACAUGAAGCUGUUGGGACUGAGCUGAGGAAGGGUUCCAAAGUCAAAUAAGUUUGAGAAAUACUACAUGUUAUACUCUGCACGUACACCCUGGAGUCUUCUAUGAAGACCCUGAGAAAUGGAACAGCAAAGAAUCUCUAAUUUUGUUUCCUAAUCUACCUGAGUAAGAAAACUUUUUUUUUCCUUUGUCGCACUCGCUAGCAUCCAAUGGAAUCAGUGUUACCCAGAACACAAUGGGAACAGCUAUUGUAUGAAUGCUAGAAUUCUUCAGGAGAAAGAUGAAGCUACUCCCUAUAAAACUCUGUUCUUUCUUUUAAAAAAUUAUUAGAUCAUUAAAAAUAAUAGUUACUUAAUGGAAAUUGACUUUCAAGUUGAAAUCAAACUUUUGAAGAUUUCAAGUUUUUGCACAAAUUGUGUUUUGAAGGUAAAGAAAACUAAUAUAAGAUUUUUCCAGAAGCCUGAAUGUAGAGUAUUGUUAUAUUAGUGGGUCAAGAACUGUUUUGGAAAUUUGGAAACCUUACACCACAAAAACUGAAUGACUUUGAGUCAGGGAUACUCUUGACCUUAAUUCUUUCAUAUAUAAAACAAGAUGAUUUCUAACGGUAACUUCUAGCUCUAAAAUCUGUUACCUUAUUUUAUUGUAAAAAUACAAUAUUUUGUGCAUUUCUUUCCAUGCAUAUAGAUUCAUAAAAAAAGACUGAAAGGAUAAUUACAAAAAGUAGUAACAGAAUUCCAGAUCCCUCUUUUAAUUUGUGCUUGCCCAUACCUAUCCUAGUUUUCUGCAUUGUGCAGGCACUACUUUUGGAGUUAGAAAAAUAGAAAUGUUACUAAUUUUUAAACCUAGAAUAGAGUGGUCAUCUAUUCUAGAUGUCCCUGAGUAUCUCCUCCGGAACUCUUAAAAAAUAUUGAUGCCUGCGCCACACCUCCAGAGAUUCUGAUUCAUUUGCUCAGGGUGAGGCCUGGGCACCAAUAUUUUUUAGGGCUCUCCAAGUGAUUCCACCAUGCAGUCAGUAUUGAGAACCACUGACCUAGAGUGUUAUGUUGCUCUAAAAUGACAAGAUUUUAAUUUACAUAAUUUAAGCUGCUUGCUUGUAUGCCUUCCCCUGGACUAAACUUGAAUUGGAAAAUAAUGGAAAUACUGAGAUUGGGAAAUAAAUAUUAACUUCUCUUAUUUCGUGCCUUUGUGUACAUCUAGUUUUAAGUAAAGAAACUAUAAGAAGGCAUCAGUCACAGGAGUCGGCUUAUUUGUCUUUUAGGUCCCUGGGUAGUGCAAAUAGUUUGAGCUUGACCACUAACCUAAAGGUUGACAGUUUGAACCCCCAGUGGCACUGUGGAAGAAAGGCCUGCCAGUCUGCUUCCAUAAAGAUUAAAGUCAGGAAAAAAACCUUAUGGAGCAGCCGUUUUCUGUAACACAUGGGGUCACCAUGAGUCGGAAACAACUUGACAGCAGCAGGUAUUUAAGAGAUUAUGGCAUCUGAAACCCACAAUGUUAAAAAGCGGAACUUUUGUAAUAAUAUUGAGGAUCAUUUCCUUGAUCUUCCUAGAAAGAGGAACUCUAAUUUCACUAAGAAGAACAUGAAGGAGGUUAAGAAAUCUCCAAAACAGUUGGCUGCUUACAAAAAUAGAACAGUUGGACAAACUGUGAAGACCCCAGAUAAACUACGUAAGGUGAUCUAUUGCAGAAAGAAAGUUCAGCGUCCGUUUCCAAAUCCUUGUUACAGGAAAAAACAGUCCCCUAAAAGUGGGGGCUGUGUCAUGGCAAAUAAAGAAAACGAAUUGGCUUGUGCAGGCCACCUACCUGAAAAAUUACACCAUGAUAGUCGAACAUACUUGAUUAACUUCAGUGAUGCUGGUUCUUCACAGACAGAAAGCCCAUCAUCAAAAUAUAGUGGUUUUUUUUCUGAGGUUUCUCAGGACCAUGAAACAAUGGCACAAGUUUUGUUCAGCAGGAAUUUGCGGUUGAAUGUAGCUUUAACUUUCUGGAGGAAGAGAAGUAUAAGUGAACUUGUAGCCUAUUUGGUGAGGAUAGAAGAUCUUGGAGUUGUGGUAGAUUGCCUUCCUGUGCUCACCAAUAGUUUACAGGAGGAAAAACAAUACAUCUCACUUGGCUGCUGUGUAGACUUGUUGCCUCUAGUAAAGUCACUACUUAAAAGCAAAUUUGAAGAGUAUGUAAUAGUUGGCUUAAACUGGCUUCAAGCAGUCAUAAAAAGGUGGUGGUCAGAACUAUCAUCCAAAACAGAAAUUAUAAAUGAUGGAAAUAUUCAGAUUCUAAAACAACAGUUAAAUGGAUUGUGGGAACAAGAAAACCAUCUUACUUUGGUUCCAGGAUACACUGGUAAUAUAGCUAAGGAUGUAGAUGCUUAUUUAUUACAAUUGCAUUGAGAGAUUUCAUCUACAAAAGAGUGCUUGGUUAUUCAAAACAUCCCUGGACCAUGGUUUCCAGAAAAAUGUCUCUUCUGAGAACUCUGAACCGUGGAGGAAAUCAAAACCAUUUUUUCUUUUAAAAAGUCACGUAAUGAAACCACUAAUGAAAUCCUAACGAUCUGCUUCACAUUGAAGUGGACAGAUAUCCAAAAGGAGCAGCUUCAACUUCAAUGAGAUGAAAGUACACUACGAAGAUUGUUGGCCUUUGCUGCAUUUGGGAUUUAUAUGGUUAUCUGGUAACAUUGUUUAAGAACUACUGGAUCUUAAUGCACUCCUGCAUAUUGCGUAAGAAUAUAAUUUAUACUGUGUGAAAAAAUAAGACAGGACUUAUUCCUAGGAACCACGAAGACCAAUCAUCAUGAAUUUUUUAAGAUUGUAUUUUAUAAGAAAAACACUUAAAUGUGUGCAGCUAUUUUCUUAUGUUGGAAAGACUUCGAAAGUUUAAAACAUCACAGCAAAUAAUCAAUAUUAAAUUUUUUUCUGUUCACACUGAGAUACUAUGUAUGCAAAAUGCCUUAAACAUUAAUAAGCCAAUAUGUUAAGAUACCAAGAUCUGUUUAAAAAAUUAAAACCAGCCGUGCUUCUGACAUAAUAAAAUCAUGGAAUUAAAUGACAGGUUUACAUUCAUGUAGAAUGUUGUUGAAAUGUAUUCCACACAAUUCUUAAAACUUGAGAAUAUUUUUAGUAUCUCUGAUUUUUUUUUUUGUCAGACUCAUCAUGUAUGUAUGUGUUAUAACUAUAUCAAAGAAAAAAAGGUGAAUAUGUAUUUGUAUGAGUGCUUAACUGGAAUUGUCCAUGGGGUUGGCUAAUUUAUGUUCACUUUUUAUUGUAUAUAGAUUUCUAAUAUUUUCAGUUCUGUAUCAUUUAAGCAUCUUCCAUUUGAGUAAAUUCACUAAAUAUUUCUAUUUUUCACUUUUUUUAAUUCUGAUGAUUUUAUAUGAAUUUUAAUUCCUUUUUCACUACGUAUGUUUUAGAGAGUUACAUAUAAUGCUUUAGAAAUGUUUACACUUAGUACUGACCAUGUAUUUUAAAUUCUAACACUUUCCAUUACUACCUCCUCCAGUGGUUGAUAUGAAAUUCCAGCAGACUGUAUGAAGUCUUUUUUUUUUUUUAAUACAGUAUGUAGUGUCAGUGAACCCAGUUCUAGAAUGUCUUAACAGCUGUACAUCUUAACCUGUCUUGAAAGUGACCAGGGUUUAAUACUGCUAUUGGGUAGUUUGUGUAUCAUCUCAUCUUUAAUAAGCCUGGAUGGCAUCUGAGCAAAGAUUUUUAUUAAUUGAAUUUCUCUGCAGUAAUUCUCCAAGCACUUGAGUGUAAAUCUUUAGCAUUUACCCAACUAGUGACUACUGGUGUGAAUCCCAAACAACCAUUUUUCUUGCUUUAAAAAUGUUAAAAAUAUUACCUUUCAGUGAGUUCUAUUUUUGUGUAGCUGUGUUUUACAUAGCUAUGUAUUCCCCACGGAGCCCUGGUGGCACACUGGUUAAGAGCUCAGCUGUUAACCGUAAGGUUGGCAGUUUGAAUCCAUCAGUCGCUCCUUGGAAACCCUAUGGGGCAGUUCUGCUUUGUCCUGUAGGGUCACUAUGAGUCAGAAUUGACUCAGUGGCAGUGGUUUUGGUUUGGUAUUUAUUCCCCACAAUGAACAUCAGUUGUAGUAAUUGGUUAUUAGAUUAAUUGGUAUUUAGAUUUGAAUCAUUUCAGAUUACUGCACUUCUGUUAUUUGAGAGGUGAGUUACUUAAGAGGUCGUUUUUCAGGAGGUGGGAAUUUGAAUCGUAAAUCUGUGUCAUCUCUGUAAGACCUUAAACCAAGAAAACCAAACCCUUUGCCAUCGAGUCUGACUCAUAGCGACCUUAUAAUAGGGCAGAGUAGAACUGUACCAUAGGUUUGCAAGGCUGUAAAAUUUAUGGAAGCAGACUACCACAUCUUUCUUCUGCGGAGAGGCUGGUGGGUUCAAACCGCUGACCUUUUGGUUAGCAGCACAUUGCUUAACCACUCCACCAGCAAGCUCCUAAGACCUUAAGAAGAUGAAAUAUAAUCUUUCUUUGUUUCUGUUCCUUUUAUCACUGACUUAUCUAACAGUUUGAACCAGUUAACUUGGUUAGAACAUGGUGCUGAUGAGGCUAAGGCAGGAGUUCAAUGCUUUUACGGGUUUGUUGAUUUUACACACACACACACAAAAAAAAGGAUUUCAUGCUUACAGAUUGCACCCUCUGUCAGGUAUCUAUCUCACAAAUUCAGCUUUUGGUCACAAGGAAGAUCAUGUGUAUAAUUUAGCAUAAACCCUUGACCUCACAUGGAAAAAUAACUCAGAUAAUUGACAUAUAUACUAUAGAAUUUUAUUAUGAUAUUUAACAUAAUAUAUUUAAAAUAUUCCCAUAGUUUUCUCUGGGUCAGAUCAUUGACUAAACAGAAUCUUUUAAAAUCAAAUUUCAAUAAAUCAAACGGCAAAUGAAAUCUGUUAUAAAAAAAAAAAAAAAAGAUACCCUGUUAACUUGA